CUGUUCGCGAUCUUCCCAUCUCGUUAAAUUUCGUUCGUUUUCUCAUCGCCGUGCCAAUUUAAAUUUAACGUUAAAAAAAUUUUUUCUCCAAAACGUGUUUCGAUUGCGGAAUAUCGCCGAUAUUACCGUUUCUAGUGGUCGCGACCUGGACGAGCAAGGCAGAAGUAAUACAGGAAGAUAUUGCAAUUGAAUAAAAGGGGAACUAGAGAAAUGCAAAGGAGAGAAUAUGCAAAUGGGAGAAUAUGGAAAAGAAGAGAAUUUUAAAAAGAAAAAAAGUUAAAAUAUAAAAGUAUUAUUCAAGAAGCGUUUUUCUCUUUAGCUCUCCAACUUUGAAAUUCGUUAAGAGAUGGGAAAAGACAAAGAGAGUCUCUAGAAUCUCGAUUUGGGAUUAUCCAAAACGAGGGGCCCGGAAGGGACAAAACUAUUUUAAGAGUAGUGACUUAUCACUUAUCAAUUUCCGUUGUGAGUUCCUCUGAUUAGUUCAAUUCUUAAGGAAGUUUCUCUAAAUAAGGAAACUAUUGUGCGAAAUUUAGAUUGCAAAACAUAAUAAAUAAAUAAAAAAUAAGGAGAGGUGUUAAAAAAAAUUGUGAGUGGUCGAGAUUGGGAACUGCAACAAUGCGAGACGCAUUGAAGUAAAAAUAGACAUGAAAAUAAUCCUCGACCAUGUGAUCUCAUCCAAACUUUGAAUGCUAAUCUCUGAAGAACAGAGAGGGAAGAGGAUCAGAAGCACUAAAAACUGAGGGCUUCUUCAGUGAAAUUUUUUUUUUAUUUUCGGAUUAAAACUGUCAAAAUGAAUUUUUUUUCUUUGAUUGUGCUACUCUCGACUGACCAGAUUUUAGAAGCUAGUUCUAGCUCUGAAUUGAGAAAAUGUUGUUCAACAGAAGAGGUUUUGCAAGAUGUUGAAGGAAACCUUUCCUGUGUAGAGGUGUCUUCUCUCACAGUCGAAAUAAAUAAUUUAGGUCCCAGAGGACUCCCAGACUGCAGAUCCUCAAAGGGAUUUUUUUUUAUGUCUCUGAAUAAGAUACGCGAGGAUAAUCUUCACGUUUCGAAGUCAGCGUGUCUGGAUAAUUUGCACAACAACGAGACCGGAAAUAAUCUUCCGAUUAUUGUGUAUUGUGACGAUGAUGCAGGAGAUCUUGCAGAUUCUGAAAUUUCAUCGAAAAUUCCUCAUGUGUUGAGUGCGAAAAAAUGCUGUCCGCCCGGACAAUAUUUUAAGGUUGAUGAAAAGUCGUGUGUUUUUGGGGAGGCUGCGAAGGAUUUUAAAUCUUUUCUUAAUCUCUCGGAUGAAGUGGAUUUGUUUACGCUUGGAGUAGGAUCACCUAUCUGUGAAGAUGCGUUAGUGAAUUACGUCACUGAAAGUGCGCAUGUGUACAAGAAUAAUGGGAAAGUGAUGAAAGGAGCCGCAUUGCGGUUGAAAUGUAAAUCUGAAAUUUCAAUGAAAACUCUCGACAAUCGUUCGAGCAUUUUAUUCGACCUCAUCUCGGUCAAACUGACAGUUCAUAUCCUGUUUGGUGGUUUAUACUUGUUUAUUCUAUUGGUCAGUAUUCACAUUCAAGAAAACCACAUUUCCGUUGAACCCCCGGCUUACAAUAUUCCUAGAAUUGAUGUCCUCGGCUGUUUCUUGAUUAGGGGAGCUGCGGGUACGAGAGAAGGAGAGGGAGAAGGAGGGGGCGGUGCUCAGUCAAGCGUGACAAACAGCUCGAGGGUCGCACUCUCAGCGCGCAGUCGAUUUCCGAGAAAUAAGCCUCACCUUCGGGGCAACAUUUUCUCAAACAUGGAUUUUUUUUACAGUGUUCGCGAUCCACGCAAACUCGUGAAAGAAGAACAUUUCGUGAAGAGUCAAAAUCCAAGCAAAUGCUUUCAACAUCACUCGAUUUAG